GGUUUAUCAUAGUUUUUGAGCUAGAAUUCUUGAUCAGAAGAGCAUUUCUUUAAGUUGUAUUUCUAUUUUGGGGCAUUGUUGAAGUAGCUUAGGGUAAGAUAAGAGUAGGUUUAGCAGUGAUUAGAGACUUUGCUGUGGUGAUUUUGUCAUUCAAAGUGAUUUGUUUAGUGUUUGAUAGUUGAAUUGGGGUUACAUUUGAGGUUAGAGAGAUUAAAGAGCUUGGUGGGUUUAGGAACUCUUUUGAACUAUCAAGAGUGGUUCAUGGGGGAACAUUGAAGCUGGAAAUGUAUGCAGGGAUAUGGUGCAUGGAUAGGAGCAUAGUAACUUGUUGUUCCCAUUCCAGAACAUUGCUACUGGAAGAUAAUCCAAGUGUUUUUGCGUUUGGAAGGCAUUAUCGUUUCGUGUUCUAAACUUCUCUGAAAUGUCGCGUUGCUUUCCUUUCCCACCACCAGGAUAUGAAAAGAAGGCUAGGACCGAUGGUGUGGACUUGCUAAAUAAGGAGAAACAAAAAGAGAAGAGUCAUAAGAAGGAGAAGGGGGACAAGGACAAGGAGGAGAAGAAGAGAGAAAAGAAAGAAAAGAAGGCGAAAGAUAGAAGCGAUGGAAAGCACAAGGAUAAGGAUAAGAAAGACAAGAAGGAAAAAGACAAAAACAAAAAGAAGGAAAAGGGCCGAGAUAAAGAAAAAGAAAAGGAUAGAAGUAAUAACUCCGAGGAAAAGAACUUUACUGGUUAUCCCGAUGGUCAGAAUGGGGAGAAAAUCUCAGAUGAGAAGAAACUUCCAGGAAAAUCUGAAGGUCACAGUGGGGAGAAGUUUACCCAGAAAGAGAAGGGUAGGGAUAAAGAUCGAAGCAGUUUGUCAGGUGAGAAGAAACUUGCUGGGCACAUUUCAGGUUAUAAUGGAGAGAAGAUUGGCCAGAAUAGUCAUCUGGCUGAAGAUUUCAGGGAUUCUAAAUUUGUGCAAGAGUUGGUGGGGAGGGUCAGAGAUGAAGGUGCAGGAGCUAGAAGCGAAUUGGUGGAUAAGUUUACUGGUAGUGACCGGAAAAAAGAUGAGGGAAUGGUCAGUUUUGUGGCUAAGACUGCUAAUAAAUUGGUUGAAGAGAAGGAAAAGACCAAGAAAAGUGAUGAUAGGAAGUUCAAUGUGCAAGGAAUCAGGGACGAUACGAAAGCUAGUGGAAAUGCUAUGGUUUCAAACGUUGUUGCAGCAGCUAAAGCUAGAAUUGAAGGGAUCACCAAACAAGCGGAGAAUAUUGCCGAGAGGUGUGGGGAAGGGAAAGAAAAAACCAAAGAAAAAAGAGAUGAUAAAAUCAGGGAUAAGCGUAAGGAUAAACACAAAGAGAAGAAAAGUCACAGGAAAGAUAAGGAUAGGGACAAAGCAAAGGAGGAGAAGGCAAAAGGUGAGCAUAGGAAUUUGGAGUUGGACAACUUAAAAGGAAGCAACAGAGAUGACCCUCUGAAUACCAUCAGUCUGAAAACGUCGCAUCCUUCUAAGGAGGGAAACAAGGAUGCCGUUGCUGAGGAAAAUCUUCACAAGCGGAAGGACUUGGAGAAAAACGGAUUUUUUCAUGUUGAUGAUGUUAGACCCAAUAAGUUGCCCAAAAUUGCUUCCUCUCAACUGUUGAUGGGCAAUGGAACGACAUUGGAGUCUUGCCAAGCUCCCAUUCCACUUACUUUAGAUAGCAAGGGACCAGCAACGAGUCUUAAAGUCGAGAAUAAAGAACGCAAGGCGAAUGGUAUUGUUGAAGCUCAGUUGUUAUCCGUCUCCCCAGCAAAGCAUUUAUCAUCAAGUGCAGAAGCUUGUCAAAUCGAUGAUGUUUCUACCAAACCACCCCAUCCAGAUUUGAAGUAUUUGAGCCAUGUACUAACUGUGCCCAAAAUGGAAGAAUGGUCUGAUUUUGAUGAGCAAUCGUGGUUAUUUCAGAGUACUGAAUCUCAAUCAAAGAAACCCAAGGUGGGAUUUUCGGAGAUUGACGAGCCACCACAAGUAUGGGCAGAGGCUCUGCAGAUAGAUUCGGUUGAUGUUUAUGCUCUUCCAUACGUUAUUCCAUAUUGAUUAUUUUUAUUAGUGGGCACAUGGUUAACCUUCCUACACUGCAGCUGGGUUUUGCCCUUUGGGGGUGGAUUCUUUGUUUUGUCUAUUCAGGAUUCUUUUGUUGUCGAUCUCCAGUGUUGUAGUGAAUGCUUUUGAACGACUGGCUGCCAAACUGAUCUGUCACGGCAACCAUCACUUGGCUCUUAUCAUGCAAUUCCACCGCCUGGAAGUGUAAGCUGCCUAUUUGCAUCCUGGCACGAGACUACUAAUUGAUUCAAAUCACACGAAGCGAUGAAAGCACAACCGAAUGAGGGUGCCUUAGGAAAA